GUUUGGCUAAAAAUGAAAUUUGCACAAAUAAUUUUGCCUAAUUUUCCCUAAUUCCAUGUAGUCCUAAUAAGUUAUUGUUACGCCUCCACCACGAAGUGGCAUUAUGUUUUUCAGGUUGUCUAUCUGAGAUUCUUGUUAGCAUGAUAACUCAAGAACGAGUGGUUGAAUGUUUGUAGGAUUUAUAUGGUAUUAUCACUUGUAACCAGUGGAUGAACUUUUUAAUUUAGGAUGGAUUUUACAAUUGAUCCAAACAUGGUCAAGGUCACAGCAAGGUCAGAUGUCUGAAAUAGUUUUUCUUCAUAAGCUUCCUUCCUGUUUGAAGUAUAUUUUAACAGUGUUUCUGGCAUACACAUUAGUACCAGGAAGGACUAGGCUUAGUGUUGCUGUUUGCAUCCAGUUCUACACUUGUUUCUAUAGGAACAGCUUACAGAGGGAUUUGUAUUUCAAACGCUCCAUGACUAAUUAAAAACCUCUGUAACUGUUGAUGUUGGGAAUUAUUCUUUGAAAUGUUUAUUUAACAUUUUUCGAAGGAGUCUCCAGUGUCAGCAGUUUGUAACAGUCAGAGGUAAAGCUGUAACUUGAGGUUUUAUUCGUUUGCACAUCAGAUUAGGCAAAAAAAGGAACUAACUUGUUUUGCAGAUGUUCCUCAACAUGAAAUGGAUAUGAUUUGUUAGACUGCAGUUAUCGGAAGUUAAUCAGCUUCAGGGUGGUAAAUCUGCUUCUGAUCUGGCCACUAUUUUAUUCCUUACUAAAACAUCAGUAUUGGAAUCGAAUUCCAUUUCACCUUCAGACUCUGCAAAUAUGAAAGAUGUGGCUGUGACUCCAACCUGAUGCCUGUACAAAUGGAUCAUAAUAUACUUUCUGACAAAGAUGAUGCUGCAUUCACCUGCUCCCAGUAUUAGAGUCGAUAAAGCAUUUGCUUUCAGUAUCGUCAUUAAUGUUAGAGAACCUGAUCUUUUCUGGUAUCUUCCUGACAUUGUUCUUUGUAAAAAGCUCCAAUUUCAAGUGAUUACAACUGGAUGGGAAGUUGAUGUUCACCCUUUAUUUUAUCAACCGUAAUUCCGCUAGCACGUGAAGGCAGCACGGCUCUGGCUUUAACAGAAAGCGGUACAAUACAUUGUCAGAAAACACAGAACAAAGUCUAUUUAGGAUUAUGCAAACACUGUAGCAUAUAAACCUCCCAAAAGAAGGACUUUGGCUUCCCUUAACUGUUCGCACCAUUAGCUAAGAAAAACUUGUGUACAUUCAAUUUAUAGCCUCGCUUAUGGUUCGAAAAGAACGGUUCCGUUAAAACGCUAUUCAAAAAACGCGAAUAGCAAAAUGUUAGUUGGUUAGCAUUAGCUUAGCUGUUAGCAACGCUGAAGACUUUUAGUUUGAAUUUAUGGCGUAAACUCACCGGAAGUGUUGUUUUAACGUCUCACCAUGUACUACCACUGUUUUUUGGCAAAAAAAAAAGACUUCCGGUUAGAUAAAUACUAAACUAAUUCAUGUAUACACGGAAUUUGUUAUAAAACGCGUUUCGGUGUUAGUAGUAUUUUUGCUAGUUAGCAACAAAGCUAGUUGUAAAGCAGCUCGCUGACAAAAACACGGAGUGUGUAGCUCAGUCAGUAGGAUGAAAUGGAGUGUAGACUGGCAGCAGUGGUUAUUCUGACCUGUUGGUUUAGGAGUUAGCAGUGUGUGUGAGUGUGUGUGAGUGUGUGGUGAAGUGGCCGGGAUGCUGCAGGGGCCGUAUGGCGGUACUGAGCGCGAUAAACCGCUCGUCCGGCUGCCCUUCACUGUGUUCACGGUGGGAACUGUGUGUCUGCCUCUCCUCGGCCUCAUCACCUGCAUCGUACUUUCACUUAUUUACCACUACAACGAUGCCACCUACACUCACUGCCAGGUCCACAACUACCUCCCAUCCAUUAGUGCGGCCAUUAGCCUCACACCACAGCGCUACAUCUGGCGCUUCUGCAUCGGCCUGCACUCAGCCCCGCGCUUCCUGAUAGCAGCGGCUUACUUCAACUUUUACAGAGGCCGCUUCGCCAAGCAGAUCGUGGAGCAGCUCCUGAGCGCCUUCACUCUCCUCUGUGCUGUAAGCGAGAACGCAGGACUGCUGCUGCUCACCUACGUCUGUUCUACUGAAACCUACAAUCUUCAUAAAAAUGGCUUCAUCACAUUCAUCGCCAGCUCUGGGCUCCACAUGCUGUGCACCUGCAGGCUGUGGUAUGUGAUUACGAAGUACACCCUUAGUACUGAGGAGAUGACAUCAUACCGCUACAAGGUCCGCCUCUUCCUCUUCAACAUUGUCUUAACGUUGGCUGCCGGUUACUUCUUCAGGCGCCACAACAAGUAUUGUGAACCAGGAAUUUACACACUCUUCGCUCUGUGCGAGUACCUGGUAGUGCUCUCCAACAUGGCCUUCCAUAUGACAGCCUACUGGGACUUUGGAAGUAAAGCGGUGAUGGUGGCAGUGCCAGUGGAGGGCAAACACAUCUGACUGUUGAAUAACAAACACAUGAACAUGGAACCACAUUAACAUGGAACCAACUGUGCAUCUGAAUACAUAGAACCAUUAUUCUUGCGCUGAAGUAAGUGUGUGUGUGUGCGUGCGUGUACAUGCGUGUGUGUGCACUCGUGUUUGUGUGUGCCAUUUUUAAAAAGUCCUUACAAGAGUAUGUUAAUAACUAACCCAAACAAAUAAAAUGUUUAAUUUUUUUUUAUUUUAUUUUUGGCUUUACUGUAUCCGAAAUUUGUGUUUACAAAGUUUUUGUGAUUAUUUUGCACAGAUUUGUAAAUGUUAUAACUUGGGAUAUUUAAAACUGUUGAAAAGAAAAAGAGUCACUGAAGUCACUGACUGAAAUUAUACAAGUGAUCAUUUUUAAUCUAAAGUUUUGAAUUAUUAUGAUAAUAUUAAUAACCCAAAUGUAAAAAUAAUAACUGCUGUACAUCUUCAGUGAGCAGAAUUGAAAGUGAACACUUUCUGAAAUAUAUUUUAUGUUUGGUAAUGUAUCUCAGGUCAGAUUUAAUGAUGUGUUAAGGAUGCUAUCUUAUUCUUAUGUCAUGAGCAAGAGAUUUUACAGACCACAACCAUUAGUGCACCUGAAUACCAAAGUCAGUUUUAUUAACACUGGCUACUAAUAGUGUUUAAAGGAACAGUUUAGCCAAAAAUGAAACAUCACAACUUUUUCAUGUUGUGAGACAUUUAGACAUGCAAUUUAGACAAUGCUAAACUGGUAGCUAUAAGCUGUCAUUACUACUUUACGACAUUAAACUUGCAGCUCCAGUACAAAACUAAAGAUACAUAUUUCAAACACCAAACAUGUCUUAGAUGAUCUCAUAGGGAAAAAAAGAGUACUUCUUUAAAUGGUGAUCAAGAAACACACAAUUGUAUGGUUCUACUUAGAACCUGUGGGACAAUCGAAGAAGCCUUAGAGGUACAUUGAACAUAAAAAAAAAGACAGUGUAAUGUGUACAAUUCUGUGUGAAGGGAUUUUAAUUAUUGCCCAAUUUAAAAUGACCUUUUUAAAAGAUCUUUUCUUUUCAAUUUUUUGUAUCUCGUCAUGUAAAUGGCAGAAAUUAAAUGAGCUUUUAUGACUUUCUGUCUUCGCACUUAAGCUUUUGAAGCCGUGGACAAACUAUACAUUUAAUAAGCACACUAUAAAUUGCUACUCAAGUAUUAAGGUUAUGUACACUGAUAGGGUAGAUUUUAUAUCUUCUUCAUAUGUACUCUUUCUUAAAAUGUAUUUAUCAGUGUCAAAACGGCUGUAAAUUUUAUAAUGAUGAGUGAAUUCUGCCAAACGCUAGUAAUAAGUUCCUGUAUUACGUUAAAAUAUUUUUAGGUGGUUUAUCUCGCUGACUUGGUUGCAUGGUUGGUGGUGCCAGAUGAGCUGAUUUGAGUAUUUCAAAAAGUUCUGAGGGCAGAAUCGGCUUGCUUAUGAGAGAGGUCAGAAGCGAAUAACUACUCUUUACAAGCGUGAUGAGCAGAAAAGCAUCUCAGAAUGCACAACACACCGGUCCUUGAUUUGGUUGGGCUACAGGACCAGGUGAUGUUUUUCCAAGCAGCAGCAGAAGAACAAUAAUUCAUUCCUAGUGUAUUUCACUGCUAAUGGUUUAUUACAUGAAUCCCAUCAUCACAAAUAAGCUGGUGUAACCGAGCAUGUAAACAAAUGAAUGGGGCUGCUUGGACAAAGCCUGGCCCUGUUCUCACCUGGCAAACAAAUGGAAGUACAGAGAGCUCAUUUUACUGUCAAAUAAUCGCGGUCAGAGAGCGGAGGGCUACGGUACCAGAGAAAGAAAUUUAUAUCACAGCGAGGGACUUUCUGAUGUAUAAAGUGACAUCAGACACACUACGUAUAUUUCGUUUUGUUGUAAAAGCCUGAUAAGCAAUCAGAGUGAAAGAGAGUCAGGUGCUGAGAGAGCAUGCAAGAAAACGAAAGGCAGAUGUAUAUUAUGGAGAUGAUGUGUGAUGCUCUCUUAAACUUUGUGUCAGUAACACAGAUAGGGAAAUGGCUGAGCCACCUCUCUAUUUAAAUAUACCAUAGCAGAGCUGCUUCCUCUUUUCAGUCUGCACAUUCAUCUUGGGCAGAAAGCUGUCACUGUGUGACUCGGUGGUUAAAAUGUGGUUUAAAGUCACAUGUGAACAAACAGAUAAAUAAAAUCUGUAGUCUGUUCUUUAAUAUACUGCUAUCUAUGACCAAGUGAAAGAACAGUUAGCUAAGGAAAGAAAAACUGUAAAUACUCAGUUACAAGCACAAAAACACAGAAACCACUUUUCUAACAUUACAUUUCAGCCAGGCUGAUGCUUUUCAAUAAUUUCUUUACCCAGUUUUUUUUUUUUUUUUAAUACAGUAGGUUACUGUUGUGGUCAUAAACACGAUGACACAUUUGCUAAGGAACCAAAAAGAAAUUACUAAGACCUAAAAUUAGAAUAACUUACACCUGUUUUUUGUGAUAACUUCACAACUUUGCCAGUGCUAACAAUUUUUGUAUUCAUUAAAUAAAGACACAUUGUACUUUUUACCCA